AGCAUAGUGUACUUUUGCUUUGGCAGAUGAGAGAAGGGAAAUGGGAUUAUAACUUCAUUUGCCAUUUCUUUUUUUAGGCCAAGAAAAAUAAUGUAGAAUAUUCUCGUACUCUGCAAAUGAAUUAAGUUUUCAGUUUCAGUGCAUUCUAGAUUUACUAAAAAAUGUCGAGAAUAUUGGAUCAGAGAAUUUUGCUGCUAGUAAUUUCAUUUUUAACAAGUCUGCAGAGUACAAAGGUACUUUCAGAAUGGAAGAAAUGUGGUGAUCGGGAAUGUGAGACGGCAAUGAGCAGAGUUCAAGCCACUACAGACUAUUCGGGGCCUGAUUGCCGGUAUCUUAACUUCAAAACAGGGGAGGAGAUAAUUGUAUACUCCAAACUUUCCAGGAGAAAUGAAAAUUUGUGGACAGGAAGUAAAGGAAAAGAUUUUGGAUACUUCCCAAAAGAUGCUGUGAAGGUUGAGGAAGUUUUAAUUGUAGAAGAAGUUGAAGUGCUCACCAAGGAAACUGAUUUCCUUUGCCUUGAUGGAGAUGAAUAUGUUUUUGAAAAUGAAGACAGUGCAUUACUCGACCCCAACAAAGAAAGUGAAUAUUCAGCAUCUGAUGCAGAAUCAAAGCUGCAAGAAAAUGAACUCUUAAAUCAUAUAAGAGACUCCAACCAAAAUGAAGAAAGAGUUGAAUCAGUUUUAGGAAAUGAUUCUAAGGAAUCUCAGAGUCAGGAGGAGUCUGCAAGCAAAAAGUUGGUUACUGAAAAUGAGAAUAGAAACGAAGACACUGAGCAGCCAGAAAUUCAAAACAGUCUCCCAUUAAAACCCAUUCCAGCUCAGUCUAGUUGGAUGGUUUCCAAUAUUGCAGGAUGGUUCACCACAGGAAGUAAAAAUGAUGAAGAGACCUUAAAAGCAAUUACUGAAUCUUUAGAAGAAAAUAGUUACCGAGGCAGAAAAAUAGUAACUGCUGAAAAUGAGUUAGAGGAGCUAAAUGAUAAGGAGGAUCAAGAGCCAAUAGCAUCUGGUUGGUUUCAGGGUGGACUGACGGACUUUCUGUAUUUUGGUAAAGAGAAAGUGGAUGGUGGUCUGGUAUCAGAAAAAAAUGAUCCGGAUGUCCAUGACGUUUCUGGUGUGGAUGGACACUCCAAUAAUGAACAUGAAACAGCAGUCACAGAGUCAUCGAUAGAAGAACAAAAUAGUGAAAGCCAGAAAUCCCAAUCAAAUUGGUUCAAUUUGGGUUUAAGUAAUGUUCUAAAUUUUGGGCAUACAACUGCUACAGAAGAUCAGCAAAGCAGAGAAACAGAAAAUAAAGCAAGUAAGAAUGAAGAAAUGCAGACUUUAAACCAGAAAGAAUCACGCAUGGACAAAGAAUCAAAGGAGACAGUUAAAGCAGUGACAGAUGAAGAUGAGAUUUAUGCAAAAGAAAUAAUAGAUUCAAACAGUAACAUGCCAAAUGCUGGGGAGAUACCAGCAAGUGUGCAUACUCUUAGUGACACCAAAAGCACCUCAAGUAGCAGUGGAUCAUACUUUGAUAUAUUAAUUGGUGGCAAAGAAGAGCCAGUUGAACCUUAUCAUUCAGAACAAGAAUUGGUAUCGGAAAGGCAACUGCUGAGAAACACUGAAGCUAAAAUGAGAAAUCAAGAGUCAGAAAGCAACUAUGGCCAUUCAGAAUUAUUUGCAGGAAUAGGCAGUAAACGAAAACUUCUAGAAGAAAUGCCAAAGGAGAAAUAUGAAAUGAAUGGAGCUGUUGAUGGUGAAUGCAACACUGAUCAACAUUCAAAUGGAAAAGUGAUUCCUUCAGUAAAUUCUGAAGAAAAAAUACCUAGCUCAGUGGCUGACUUUCCACUCGAUGGUGAAAAGCCUUUCUCAGAUGAUGCUUUCCAAGUUCAGAGCUACAUCCCAAGUAAUGAAGGAGGCUGGAUAUAUCAGAUUCUUCUGUGCUUGGAUGCUCUUGAGAUUAAGGAGUUGAUAAAGUCUGCAUUUUCAACUAUGACAAGUAUUAUCAAAAAGGCAGUGGAUUCGCUGCCAGAAGAGAUGAGACCUGGUCCUGACCUGUAUGGUUUUCCUUGGGAAUUAGUGUUUUGUGCUGCUGUUGUUGGAGCCUUUACAGUUCUCCUGUUCCUGUAUAGAAGUUAUCAGUCAGUUAGAAGUCGACUUUAUGUAGGAAGGGAAAAACAGCUUGCCAACAAAGUUGCUGAACUAGUUGAAGAGAAAUGCAAAAUUCUUGAAAAACUCAGCCUUUGCAAAAAAGAGUUUGAAGAUCUAGAAUCUUCUCUAAAGGAUGGCAAUAUUACUAAAGAAUCAGCAGAUGCAGCUUUUGUUGAGGAAACGCAUGAAAAACUGAACAAGUCAAACUCAGAACUCAACCAGGAAAUUGCAAAUCUAGAAAAAGAACUGGAAGAAGAAAAAUCUAAGCAGUCAGAAAUUGAUAACUUGGUGGCUGAAAUUGAGGAGAGAUUGGAGUCUUUAGAGAAUGAAGCAAGAUCUGUUCAAUCACAAGUUGAUGAGGCCAAGUCCACCCUAAAAGUGUAUCAGAUUAAUACAGAGAGACUCAAGACAUCUGUUCAAGAUGCAGUAGAUGAAAACUGCCAUCUCCAGGAAAGUGAGAAACAACUUUUAAAAGAAGCUGAAGGAUGGGAUGAACGAUUUAGUGAACUAAAUGAACAAACAAAAAUGUUUGAAUCAUCUAAAACAGAUAUAGAAGACGUAUUGAAAAAUAAAGAGAGUCAAGUCAAGUCGCUGACACAGUAUUUGCUGAAGAUGAAAGACUGGAGUUCAGCCAUCAGAGAUGAUGAUGACACUGAAGAUGAUCACUGGGACACUGAUAUAAAGGGUGAAACAGAAAAUGGAGAACAUUUAGAUGAUCAGCAAAAACGAACUGUAAAGAAAUUGAUCUAUGCUGCGAAGUUAAAUGCUUGUUUAAAGACCAUGGAAACAGAAAGAGAUCAAAUGUAUUCGAAAUUGUCUGAUGAAAACAAAGCCAAAGGAGAACUUACAGAGCGUAUAGAAAACCUCCAAAGUGAACAAGUUUCCUUGCAGUCUGAAAAUGAACGCUUUGAAAGUGAAGUUCAAAAGCUUCAGCAGAAACUCAAAGUAAUGACUGAGCUUUAUCAAGAAAAUGAAAUGAAGCUACACAGGAAACUGACUGUAGAAGAGAGAGAACGCCUACAAAAAGAAGAAAAGCUCUCUAAAGUAGAUGAAAAAAUUAAUCAUGCUGCUGAAGAACUAAACAGCUACAGACAGCGAGCAAAAGAUCUCGAAGAGGAGUUAGAAAGAACCAUUCGUUCUUACCAGAAUCAGAUUACUUCACAUGAGAAAAAAGCUCAUGAUAAUUGGCUGACAGCCCGAGCAGCUGAAAGACACCUCAAUGACAUAAGAAAAGAAAAUGCACAUAACAGACAAAAAUUAACUGAAGCAGAAUUUAAACUUGACCUUUUAGAAAAAGAUCCAUAUGCUCUUGAUGUUCCAGUUAGACCGUUUGGAAGAGAGCAUUCCCCAUAUGGACCCUCACCAAUGGGCCGGCCUUCAUCUGAAACAAGAGCUUUUCUUUCCCCUCCAACUUUAUUGGAGGGUCCUUUAAGGCUUUCACCUAUGCUUCCAGGUGGAGGAGGAGGAAGAGGAUCCAGAGGACCAGGAUCUACUGUCAUGUAUGAAGCUAGUAAUGAAAGAGGAGAACUGAGUUCUGAUAGAUUACCUGAUCCCCACAGACCACCAUCAGAUACUGGAUCCCUGUCUCCUCCCUGGGACAGAGAACGCAGGAUAAUUCUGCCUCCACCAGGUGAGCCCUAUUCUGAUCCAGUUCUUCCUCCUCGAAGACAAGAAAGAUUUUUCCCUAAUCCUCCAAAUACUGGAAGACUUUCUGGACCAGCAGAGCUACGAACAUACAACGUGCAGGCUUUUGAUAAAACAGAUGGACAAACAUCUUCAGAAAAUAGCCCACGGACAGAACCAAGCGGAAAUGGGAUGAAAGAUCAUUCUAGUCUUUCUGACUCACUGCCUGAUCAGCCACUGGCCUCUGAAAGUGAAGCAGUCAGCUCAGGGUUUGCUCCUCCACCCUUCCCUCCCCUCAGACCUCCCUUAAUGCCUAUGGAUCCUAGAGGACCUUUCAUGAGACGAGGACCUCCUUUUCCUCCCCCUCCUCCUGCUGGCAUGUACGGACCACGUGAAUGUUUUCCAGUACGAGACUUUGGGCCACCACGCCCUCCGAUGCCAAUGAGAAAUCCUUUCCCAAUGAGAUCUUUUCCUCACUAUCCGCCUCAACGACCUGGAUUCUUGCCUCCACCACCACCUCCUGAAAAUAGAAUUGAGCCACCUCAGUCAAAUACAGCAGCUGUAGAACAAACGGAACCACAGCAAGAGACCUGACAGUCACUUGAGCACUGUGCUGAACCAUUUCUGUACUCUGCUAAUGGCAUUUUCCCUUACAUUAAGUAACCACUGUUACUUAGGUAUAUAUAUGAACUACUUUGCUCAAAUUGAAGCUUAAUAGAAGAGUCUCAGGAUAGUAUUUUGUAAAUAAAGAAUGAAAUAUAACUAUGAAUAUUGUGAAUAAGUGAUUUCCAUUGUACAGUAGUCAUUUUAAAUUAAGUAUUUCUAAUUUGAGUAAUCUCUUCAGAGGUGUAUAAAAUUGAAUCAUGAAUCAUUUUAAGAGUCCAGCUGCUUUGUGCUUGUCUAGCUGUACAGGGAAUCUUUGCAUGCCAAAAGUGAAGCUUGCUUUAUGAGUAGAAUGUGGAAAAAAAAUUGAAACAAUAAAUGUCUACUGAAGAUGAUGCAAUAAUGCUUCCCUUGCAAGUU